CAGCCCCCCCGUGACUCCUGUCAGAACUGGUGCUGCUGCUGCUGCCGCUGCGCUCCUGGAGGAACUCUCUCCUCCUCCCAUCGCCGCUCUUUUGGUGUGGAGGGGGGUGGGGGGUGCGUGGAGCGGUGAAGUCACGGUGAUGUCAUUUUAGGAUGUGAAAGUCGAGGGCAAGGUGAGCUGGUUUUGCAGUGUCCCUCCCCGCCCGCCCCCCCUGUCACUGCCAGCCUUGCCUGCGCAGAGGCGCGGAGCGGCGAAAGAUGGUCAUCGCCACCAGCUCCAAUCCAAGCUCCGACGCGCUCUGCUCCUCCGCUGGCUAUGGAGCCCUGAUCCGCACUCACCCCCACUCCAGCUUUAGCCGCCACCAUGCCGAAGGACGGGAAAUAAGAAGAGUUGCGUUUUCAGGGCAGGUAACUUUGAGCACGUGCCCCGAAGUUGAAGUGAAUCGCGCCGAGGUGCCACAGCAGCAUGCGCGGCGGGGCCAGGACGCACCGGACGCUGGCAGCACUGGUUGUUCUGUGGACUUCUCUGUGGGGAAUCGUUGCACCUUUCCCGGUUCCGAGCAGGACUACUAACUCGACUUUGUUGGAGAAGAAGUGGGAGACCCUGCUGUCCCGCUCCUACCUGGGCAUAAACGGGGGCCGAUCGGAGUUAAGCUGGGAGAGCGACUAUUUGCAGGGCAUCAAAAGAGUGCGGCGGUUGUACUGCAACGUGGGCAUUGGGUUUCACUUGCAGGUGCUCCCGGAUGGCAGGAUAAGCGGCGUGCACAGUGAAAACCCCUACAGUCGGAUAGAAGUCUCCACGGUGGACCGGGGGGUGAUCAGCCUGUUCGGACUGAGGAGUCAGCUGUUUGUCGCAAUGAACAGCAGGGGAAGGUUAUACGGAACGAAAGUCUUCAGGGACGAGUGCAAGUUCAAGGAGACCUUGCUGCCCAACAACUACAACGCCUACGAGUCUUUUGUUUACAAGGGCUUCUACAUCGCCCUCAGCAAGCAUGGCCGCGCAAAGAGAGGCAACAAGGUGACCACCGCCAUGACUGUCACUCAUUUCCUCCCGCGGUUAUGAGACCGACCCACGAUAAUCCAUCGAUUUGCACACAUGGAUGCUCUUCCAGCUACUUUAGGAAUUUGUAGUAAUAAUAUACACACAUAUGGACUGCAAAAGGAAAUAUUUAUUCUGGUAUAGCUCUAUAUAUAUAUGUAUAUGUAUAUUUGGGUAGGUGUCUUUGUUUAUGUAUGCCACACUGUGCUGCUUAUUGUUUUUCUGGACGGGGAGAGUGGAAGCCUCUGCCCGCCUCACUUUAACUUGUAACUAAAGUACGCGCCGAAACGGAUGAUGAGCUAUAUUCGGAACUUUUAAGGGUGAAACAAAUACUUUUUAUUACCUCACUAGAUGAAGGGAUGCAUGGAGUUCUGCUCAAAUAUCUGCUUUUAUUUAUUUAUUUUUUAUGCUUUUGUGCUGCAGUGGGGGGAAACUUAAAUGCACUACCUUUUCGCUGCACGAUUUUAAAGGUGCCUUGAUGUUCUCACUGGUGAACCCCUUAAAGCUUGCAUGUAAGAGACACCCGGCGGAGUCAGAAAUAGGGCUGACACUCCAGAGGGGGGCCUCAAAGGAGGAAGGGAGGGAGGGAGGGAGGGUCUAUCUCUGGUUUAUUUUCUUUGCUGUAAUCGGAUCGAUUAAGGAAUUAAAAGAUCUGUGAGCGGUCGGCCAUAGAAGGCGGUGACAUAUCCAGCGAACAAACAGGGUGUAAUAGUUAUCUAGCAUGGAGACGUGUUUGCUUCUGCACAGCUGAGCGGAUAGUCGAUCCUGCACAAUGACACAACAGGAAUGUUUUUGAAGACCCCGCCGUCUGCUACCAUGAUCAAAACGAGCACAUUGAAAAGAUUUUGUACAUAAAUGCACAUAGGUUUGUCUUCGGGAGGCUGCAUGUCUGAGGGCCUGCAGAUGAGUCGGUGGUUUACCUCCAAGGACGUUCAGUCGGACAGCAUUCAACACAAAUACCUUUAAGCAUUUGAUUAUGUUUUCCUUGCCUCAUUCUUUGAAUUCCCUGGAGUCCUCUAGAGUGCAUCAACUCAUAGUUUCUGCAGCUGCUAACUUUAAAAAAGACGCGCGGCUCCGUAUAUCAUCAGUUCCUGUGCGGGGGGAGCUAUUCGAGUCCAGGGAAGACGUAUGCGGCAGAGCCGGCACGCCGCCUUUGUUGUUUUUUCAAACCCUCUGCAGGAAUGUGGGUCUGCCAGGGUGACACGCAUCUUUUUACAUACCUGAACUCCGACCCCCGUCACGUCUGUUUUCUACCUCUCAUUUCAGAAAUAAUACAAAUAGUCUUUUUUCUUUAAAAAGGUCCUACCGGCUUCCAGGAGUCUCACACGGAUGCAGAAAUGAUGCUGUCACAGGCUGACCUAAAAUCACACAAAAAAUAAAUCUAAAAGGUGGAGAAAAAGAAAAUUAAAGCUGCAUGUUGAAGGUUUUCUGCAUCUUUGGCGAGCUCAGCUGACAUAAAUACAAAAAAAAAAAAACAACAUCUUCAGCAUCUCUCAAACUUUUUGAUGGUCAAGUCAACAAGAGUCAAAAAAUUACUAUUUUGCUGGCACAAAUUAGCAUUUAAUGACCACAAAUUCGCUUUUUGUGAGCACAAACUAGCAUUUUGUGGACAUAAACGAGAAUUUUGAGAGCAAAAAUAAGCAUUAAGUGCACACAAGUUAUAUUUUGUUGUCAAAAAUGUAUAUUUCAUGGCCACAAUUUAGAUUUUUGUGAGAACAAAAGAGCAUUUUGUGAACAAAAAUUAGAUUAGCAUCAGGUGCGCUUAAAAUAGCAUUUUGUCAGCACAAACUAUCAUUUUGUGGACAUAAACUAGCAUAUUUUGGGCAAAAAAUAGCAUUAAGUGUGAACAAAUUAUAUUUUGUUGUCACAAAUGAAUAUUAAUAUUUCAUGGGCACAAAUUAUCUUUUUGUGAGCAGAAUAAAGUAUUUUGUGGACAUAAACUAGAAUUUUUGAACAAAAAAUAGCAGUAGCAUUGAAUGCUCACAAACUAGAAAUUUGGGAGAAUAAAAUAGCAUUUUGUGGACAUAAACUAGUGUUUUGUGGGCAAAAAUUUGCAUGAGGUGCGCACAAAUUAUUUUAUUGUGGUACAAAUUAGCACUUAAUACAUGGAAAUUAUUACUUUGUUGCCACACUAUUAUUUUUUUUACACACAAAAUAGUACUGUAUGGGCACAAAUUAGCAUUUUGCAGCCACAAAUGACCGUUUUGUCAUCACAAACUAGCAUUUUGUGGUAAUAAACUAGCAUUUUUUGAACACAAACUAGCAUUAAAUGCCCACUAAUUAUGUUUUGUUAAUAUUUUAUGACCACAAAUUAGCUUUUUGUGAGAGCAAACUAGCAUUUUGUGGACAUAAACUAGCAUUUUGUGAGCAAAGAUUAGCCCUUCAUGUGUGCAAGUCAUUACUUUGGGGGCACUUAUUAAUAUUUUUUGUGCACAGGUUAGCAUUUUAUAACCACAAACUAGCAUUUUGUGAGCAAACAUUAGCAUCAAGUGUGCAAAAAUUAAAUUUUGUUGUCACAAAUUAAUAUUUUUUUGGCCACAAAUUAGCUGUUUUGUGAGAACAAACUGGCAGUUUAUGGGCAAAAAUUAGCAUUAGGUGUGCACAAAUAUUAUUUUGUGGACACAAAUUACCUACUAAUGUGUAAAAAUUAUAUAUUUUUUUGCCACAAAUGAUUGUUUUUUGCGUACAAAAUAGUACUUUAUGGCCACAAAUUAGGAUUUUGCAUCCAAAAACUAGCAUUUUGUGGGCAAAAAUUAGCAAUUUAUUUUGUUUUCACAAAUUCAUAUGUCAUGGCCACAAAGUAGCUUUAUGUGAGAACAAACCAGCAUUUCUGGGGCAAAAAUUAGCAUUAGGUUUGCUCAAAUUACUUUUUGUAGCACAAAUUAACACUUAAUGCAUGCAAAUUAUUACUUAGUUGGCACAAAUUAUGUUUUUUUUUUGUGCACAAAAUAGUACUUUAUGGCCACAAAUUAGCUUCUUGCAGCCACAACUUAGCUUUUUGAGUCCACAAAAUACGAAUAACAAAGCUUUUGUGGUCCCUAUUUAGUAUUUUGGUGGCACAAAUAUUGGUUUAUGCCCAGAAACUAGCAAAUUGUGAGCACAAAUUAGCAAACUAGCAUUAGGUGCGCACAACUUAGUUUUUUCUUGGCACAAAUUAGCAGUUGAUGCGUGCAAAUUAUUACUUUGUGCACACAAAUUAGUAUUUUUGCACACAGAUUAGCAUUUUAUGGCCACAAAUUAGCAUUUCAUGUUCACAAAUUACUAAUUUGUGUCCACAUAUUAGCAUUUUGAAUCCACAAAAUACUGAUUUGUGCGGACUAAACCCUUUUUUGUGCCCACAAAACAGCAUUUUUGUGCACAAAAUGCUAAUUUGUGCCUUCAACAUUCUGAUAAAAUGAUCAAAAUGAGGGAAGUCUGAAGGAGAACUUUCAGCUUUGACCAAAAAAACAAAACGCAUCUGCUGAGUCAUUAGUUUUACCCCCACAAGUUUAUUCAUAGAAAAAUGUGCAAGGUGAGGAAAUAUUUAUUUAAAUGCUGACCUAUUUUCGUGUCCAAACGGUUGAUAGGCGUGAAAAUAAGAUGUUAGGAACGCCUCUCCUGUGUUCUCAUAUACCUCACCUUCUGCCUUAGUUUGGUUUGCUGAUGUACAUGAAGAAGAAACUCACUUAAUUUAUUUGUUUCUGAAAAAAAAAAACAAUGCUGAGUAAAAUUUUCCUUUUAUUUUUGUACGUAUGUGCUGUGCACAGCAGUCUACUGUAUUCCUAAUUAUAAUAAAAGUUUUGUUUGUUUUUUUUUUUACUUGCUGUUGUUGGUGUGUGUGUUUUUUUAAUGAUAAAUCAAUAUUUAAGUUACCUCAAAAGUCAAGGUGAUUAUUUUAGAAUCCGCUACAUUAAUUUUCAGCUCUUUACAUGAUUUAAGGACUAAUUACUUCCACCUAUUGACUUAUUUCUGUCACCAAACUGAUUUUGAAAAAUGCUAUUCAUAAGCCUGUCAUCAGAAAACUCACUUGUGUUUUUUUAUUAUCAUUUUUUUGUUUUGUGUUAAUUUUUGGAUUUAAAGAAAAACAUUUUUAAAAGAGAACUUUCAAAAUAAAAUAUGUUUUUGUC